UUGACUUGUCAAUUGUGUUUGUUGUUUUUAUUGUGGUCCGAUUUUUGGCGCAAAAAUAUUUUAUAUAACAGCUCUGCUAAUGGACAAAAAAAUUGUUUGGCAAUGGAGUUAACACAGCGGCUAGAAUGUACACAAGAAUUGUACCCAAACAGUUCUGAGAAGGAAUUUCCUGAUCAGAUCGGAUUUUUGGGUAUUUGCGGGACAAAGUACCCAUUGAAAAAAGGACCUAAUAAAAUCGGUCGAGAUCCUGACACUUGUAAUAUUAAUUUAAACCUAAACUCAAUAUCAAGGCAGCAUGCUGUGAUAAAUAUAUUGAACAACCAUGAAUACAUGCUCAUGGACUUGGAUUCGGCGAACAAGACUAAGCUCUGUGAUAAAACAUUAGAAGCAUAUAUACCAUAUCCUCUGAAAAAUGGGGAUAUGGUACAGUUUGGGCAAGUUUUUGGGGUGUUCAGGCUAUUUGAAGAGGACAAUGACCUACCAAUGACACAAGCAAUUGAUGUUCCAGAGACUCCAAUACAUAGUCGACAUAUCUCCAAAUUGAAUACAAUACAUGUUACUACAAUACCAGAGUCACCUGAUGUUAGUGAUAGGGAUGAUUCAUUCAUUGUUGCAUCACAACCAAAGCCAACAAAUAUGUUCAAAAGUCCAAACAACAGAUUUAUAAAGACAUCGGGCACAACAAUAUCAAUCAAACCAAUUGGUUCAAAUAAAAUUGAUAAUGUGUUCUGGAGCUCUUCUAAAAAGUCGGAAUCGUUUAGCUCUCAAUCCAAUAUUUCUAAUAACAAAAUACAAGUACCACUAGUUGAUAACAUGUCAGAUCAAACAAAUAUACAUGAAGCUAACACACAAAUUACAGAUAAUCAUGAUGAAACAAUCGAUUCGAUUUAUAAUGCGAAUACACAGUUUAUAGAAACAACAUCAGCACCUUUAAUACAUAAUAUGGAAACACAGGUGCCAACAGACCUACCCGAAGUUUGCAAAAUAGCAGAUCAACGCAAUCUUCAUUUUAAUUUUACUACAGAAAACAAAGAAAAUGAUAAUAAUAUAUUUAAUGCUGAAACACAGAUAGAUCCCAAUAUAAAUAAAAAUGUUAUUAACAAUAUACAGCCUAAUCCCUUAAGUACUGAAAAUGAAAAUAAUGAAUCUGAUGAAGAAAUAUUAUUUGAGGAAAUUGAUAGUCAACCACUGCAGGAUAACUUUGAAUCACAAGCAUUACUGCUCCCAGAAUUUGACGGCCUGACGAAUGAUAAUCCAGAUGUUUUUGUAGAAAAUAAAAAGGAAUCCAGGAAAAUAAGUGAUAGUCAAAAAUGUACUAAAAGAGUACACCAAAUAAAAUCUGAUAGUUCAACUGAUUGUGAAGAUGAAGAUAUUAAUAUUGCGAUGACCCAAAAAAUACCUGAACUAAAUGAUGACGAUGUAACUGACUGUGAAGAUGAACCCGAAGCUAUAACUAAAGCAACUGGACCAACAAAGGACAAAAUUAUUGCUAUUGAUGACGAUGUCACUGAUUGUGAAGAUAAUUUUGAUGAAGAUAUUUUGAGUGUAUCCAAAAAGCAAAUUCAUGAUUUAGAUACGCAAAUAAUUGAAAAGGACACGAAAACUAAGCACAGUAAUAUAAUCAUAAAAGAUAAUAAAAAUAGGACACUAAAUAAUGUUGAAAAAGAUAAAAAUGAUUCAAAGAGAAACGAAACUGUUGUUGACUUCGAAGACCUACCAACACAAAUAAUAGACGAAGAGCCAUUGAAAGAUAUUUGUUUUGAAGAAGAAUUGACACAAAAAAUUUAUUCCCAAGAAAUUGUGCCUCCUUUUAAUAUUCCAAAAACAACACCUUUAAAAAAUAAAAAAAAAAGUGAUUCAGAUUUAAAAAUUGUUAACCAUAUAGUAAACAAUGAGCAAAGACACUCUAAUGAAAAUAUUAAUAUAGAUGAUAAACAGUACUAUGCGGCUACACAGGACAUAUUUAAUGAUUUAUGCUCUCAAAGGGAGCCUUCUCCCGUAUUCAAUAAAACUCCUUCCAAGGCACCGAAUAUGGGUAAAAAAAAUAAAGUAAAGGAACUUUCUGCAAAUAAAAUCGUCACUUCAAAACCGUUAGGCCAAGACUCAACUGAUGAUAGUGACAUUGACGAUAAAAUCGAUAACUUUGUUUCUAUCUUAUCUAAUUCGCAAAUUAAGGAUGCUGCAGGUGCAAAAAAAAUGACGAGUAGCACUUCAGAUUCUGAAGUAACACCAAAAAGAAUAAACCCUGUUACAUUAAUGAACACCAUAUUACCAAAUACAGAAGAAAUCAAAAAGAAUUUAUCGUUCUAUAAAGAUCGGAAAUUGGACGUGUCGAGUGAAUCAGAACCAGGAAAUGAUAAUGCACCAGUCAAAUUUCGUGACAGGAAAAAGGAACCAUUUAAAGCAAAAACGAGUUUGACAAAAAAGUUUGAAGACGAAGUGAUACCCACGAGGAAAAUUACAAGAAUUAGAAAACCUACAAUGAAAAUGAUGCAAAACAAUGAUGAAACCGCCAAAAAUUUCGGAGACAAUGUGCUUAUGACAACACUUUCAACCAGCAAACAAAUAGAAAAAAAUAAGGAAACUAAAUUUGAGAAAAUUAAAAAUGUAAAAGAGAAAUCAAAUAAAAGUAAAUCUGAACCUGAUGGAAGAAAUAAAACAAAAGACAGCAAAAAAACAUAUGAUAAAACAAAGGUAGAAAAGAGAAAAUCAGAGAAUGAGACUCGCGGAAGAAAGAAAACUAAAGAAACUGGCGAACCAAUAAUAGAGCAAACAAAACCAACAGUUGUACAAGCAAAUAAUAAAAACAUUACAAAGGAUAUAUCACAUUAUUUAAAAAUUACCGACAGACGGACGCGUAGUCGAAGUAACCAAAAAUCAGAAGCUAUAAAUGACAAAAAAUUAGAAGUAGAAAAGAAAGAAAAAGCACAAAUUCGAGAACAAAGCACAGAUAAGAAAAGUCAACACACCAAAGAAACAGAUAAGAGUGAAUCGCCUUUACAAAUCGUAACACGAAGUAGGAAACAUAGAUCGUCUAAAAAAACAGAAGAAACACAGAACGAUACCAUACCCAAAGCAAACCUUUCCAAAAGCGAUCUUGAACAAAGUGCGGUUUAUAACAUUUCCUCCGGUUCAUUAAAUAAAGCGAAGAUUAAAAGAUCAGCUACUGAAAAUAUUGAAUUUCCAACUGCAAAGAAAACUAAGACAGAAACAAUUUCUAAUAAUGUUUCUAUGAGAGCCACUCCCGCUCGGAAAAUCAAAACGCAUCAUGUUUUAUUUACAGCAUUUCCAUGCGAGGAAGUGAAAAUGAAAUUAGAAAAAUUAGGGGCUAAAAUAGUGACCGACGUGAUGCAGUGCACUGUGGUACUGACGAUGCAAAUCAAGCGUACCUUUAAACUGUUGUGUGCACUUGGACUCGGAAAACCCAUAGUUGGCCCGUCUUGGGUGCAGGUCUGUGCAGACACGAAUAUGAUUGUUGACCCCUGGCUACACUUGAUCAAGGACGAGGCAACUGAGAAGCGAUUCCAGUUUAACUUGGAUCGUUCGCUUGCAGUCCGUCGCGGCUUCCUCAAGGGCUUCAACAUAUCAUCCACCCCCAGAGUGACGCCCUGCGCGCAAGAAAUGCAAUUAAUAGUCGAAUGUUCGGGCGGUACGUGGAAGAAUAAGGGACCGAACUGGAUCUGUGUGUCGGCAACCGCUGAUAAGGCGCUCUGGCCAGCUCUUAAGAAAAAAGGCGCUAUCAUUGUAUCUACAGAGUUCAUUCUGGCCGGUGUUCUUCGACAGAGGGUGGAAAUAGACAAGAAUAGGUUGGCUUAACAGUUAAGACUUAUCCAAAGAGAAGAUAUAAGAAAAGUUACUGUAAGAUAUGAAUAUCUUAUUUAUAUACAUUUGUUGAAAUCGUCAUGACAUAUGUACUACAACUCCAAGAUGCCAUAUAAUCCAUUUCAGUCAAAUCUGUGCAAAAAUAAACGAAACCAGAUAAGAUUACCUAAAUACGAAGAAAUAAUUUUGAUAAUUUGUAAUUAUAUACAAUUUAUUAUUGAACAUAGAAUUAAAUAUUUUUAUAUAAAAAACUAAAUCUAUCGAUAUAAUCUGCGCGCAAUCAGAAUUUGUAUUUUCGGUGGUGGUGGUUUCAUCUAGUACUUCAUUAUUAUAGAGAUUUAUGAUGGGUACGAUAAUUU